AAUGGUGUUUUCUCUCCUUUGCAGUCAUCAGGAAUCAAAGUAAAGGAAGAAUGUAAGGACAGAUUUGAUGAACUCAAGAUAGGCCACAAACAUAGUUAUAUCAUCUAUAAAAUUGACAAGGAUUUGAAAAAUAUAGAAGUAGACUGUGUUGGCGCCCUUGGCGAGUCAUACGAUAGUUUCUGUGAAAAAUUAAUUGAAGCUGGUAAUAACAAAGAAGGGCGAUAUGCUGUUAUGGAUUGCGAAUAUGCGAAGGGUAAAGCUAGCAAACUUGUCUUCAUGAUGUGGCUCCCUGACAACCAGUUGGGAAUUAAACAAAAAAUGAAUCUACUCAUCUAGCAAGAAAGCACUGAGAGACAAGCUUCAGGGGAUCGGCAAGGAGAUGCAGUGUA